AUGGCUCAAAACAAGAUCGAAGAUAUACGGGAUGAAUAUACUAUAAGAAUCGACGAAAAGGGUAAAGAACAUUACAAAUGUAAAGCAUACAAGAAGGAAUGGGCUAAAAAUAUAACUCAGUUGCAAGAACAUAUUAAUACAUUAUCGAAUCUUACCUCACAAGAACAAAUUGAAUUAGAAUCUUUGCUUGCACGUGCCUUUUAUACAUCAGGAGUUUCAUUUAAUGUAAUCGAAAAUAUAGAUUUUCAAGCCUUUCUUAAAAAGGCUUGCCCUUCUUUUAAUAUUCCAUCUCGUCAUACUCUUUCCAAUUCACUUCUUGAUAAAGAAUAUAUGAAUCUACAAGUAGUUGUUCAAAAUACCCUUGAUGAAACACCUUAUCAUUGUUUGGUUAGUGAUGGGUGGUCGAAUGUUAACAAAUCACCAAUGAUUACUACACCUAAUCCGAUUUUUUAUAAAUCGGUUUGUACUAAAGAAGAACAUCAUACCGCGGAAAAUAUAGCUAAAGGAAUUGAAAAUGUUAUGCGUGAAAUUAAUAUUGAUAAAUCUAUAUUAAUUAACAAUUCACAAGAAAUAUCUGUUAAUUCAGAUAAUCAAGAACUUGAUAUUAAUGUAGAUGAUAAUGAAAAUGAAGAGCUUAAUAGAAACUUUACCGAUUUUUCUAAUUGGCUUCUUAAUACAUUUGACAACUGUGAGCAUGAAUUCGAUAAUUAUUCUGAGUGA